AUGUCGAACUCCGAACAAGGCGCUACUGUGCACCCGCCCACCAAUGGCGAUACUGUGUCCGAUACCAACAUGCAGGCAUCGGCCGAAUCAGCCCCCGUGAACGCCCAGGACGAGUCUACUUCAACCUCGCAGCCAAUUGACCUCGAGCUACCGACAUCCGCUGCCGACGGUCUCAUUCAGAAGCCUUUCGGCAAGCCGCUGGACACAGCCAAGCCAGUCGCACCUGCGCCGCUUACCCCGGAACAACAAGCCAAGUACGACACUCUGUUGAAGCUCGUUUCAUCAUGGACCACAGUCGCAGACAAGGCCGAGAAGAAUGCCCCGACAUCUCCUAUAACCGAGGAUGAGCAGAUGUUCUUGACCCGCGAAUGUCUCCUGCGCUACCUACGCGCGACCAAGUGGAACGUGUCCGAGGCUGAGACACGACUUCAGAGCACUCUCACCUGGCGCCGCGAGUAUAACCUGAAGAAAUUGACGCCUGAUUAUAUUUCAAUCGAGAAUGAAACAGGCAAGCAGGUCAUUUUGGGCUAUGAUAUCAAUGGACGGCCAUGUCUGUAUCUCUUGCCCUCCAACCAGAACACGGAGAAGAGUGACCGCCAGCUCGAGCAUCUUGUCUUCAUGCUAGAGCGGGCCAUUGAUCUCAUGGGACCUGGUCAGGAAACUCUUGCUCUGAUUGUCAACUUCAAAGAGACGAAGUCUGGCCAGAACGCAAGCAUCAGCCAGGCCAAGCAGACGGUCGGCUUCUUGCAGAACCACUACCCUGAGAGACUUGGUCGGGCUCUGGUGAUCAAUGUGCCCUUUGUCAUCUGGGGAUUCUUCAAAUUGAUCACACCCUUGAUUGACCCGAAUACUCGACAAAAGCUCAAGUUCAACGAGGACCUGCGUCAACACGUCCCGCCUAGCCAACUUAUGAAGUCCGUGGGUGGUGAUGUCGAAUUCCGCUACGACCAUGCAUCCUACUGGCCUACUUUGAACAAGCUGGCUGAACAGCGCCGUGAGGCGUACCGUGAACGCUGGGUUCAGGGUGGCAAGCAGGUCGGCGAGUUUGAGAACUACCUGAAGGGCGAGGACGUUCCCAACCUGUCCCAGACCAAACUUGAGGCCAAGGCCAGCGAACAAGCUUGA